UCUGCCGCCUCUCUCGCCGCACGCUUUGGCUCCAGCCGGCGAGUGCGGGCCCGUGGUCAGUCGACGGGUAUACCACCCAGUGGCCGUCAUGGUGGUGAAGCUCCUGUAUUUGAGCGAAGUUUGUUGCAGCUGGGAUCUCGGAAGCUUAGAACCUUUUGGCGUGUGAUUUAAGCCAGCUGCCGCUGUAGCCCAGCCGUCAUGCCAGACUCGGACGACAGCGACAAUGAGGGCGGCCUGGGGAAUGUCAACAGGGCAGUCAUGAGACCACCCGGCCACUCCGGCAAGGCCAAGCGCGGUCACCUCUGCUUCGACGCCUCGUUUGAAACAGGGAACUUGGGUCGCGUGGACUACAUCAGUGAGUACGAAUACGACCUCUUCAUACGGCCAGAUGUGUGCAAUCCUCGCUACCGCAUCUGGUUCAACUUCGUGGUGGACAAUGUGCGGCAGGAUCAGAGAGUUAUCUUCAACAUCGUGAACUUCAGCAAGACGAAGAAUCUGUUCCGUGAUGGAAUGACACCUUUAGUUAAAUCGACUUCCAGAAACAAAUGGCAGCGGAUGUCUAAGAAGCACGUCUACUACCACCGCUCCCCGGAGCACAGGAGCAACUUCAUCCUGUCGUUCGCCUUCGCGUUCGACCGGGAGGAGGACGUGUACCAGUUCAGCAUCUGCUUCCCCUACUCGUAUUCGCGCCUGCAGAUGUACCUGGCCGAGGUGGAGGGGCUUAAGUUGUCGCACGUCCGCAGGGAGCUCCUGGCAAACACUGUGCAAGAGCGUCUCUGCGACAUCCUGACACUGGGGCAUACCACACCACCGGGAGCUUCGAAACCUACCAAGACGGUGGUGGUGAUGGCUAGGUGUCACCCGGGAGAGACGCCGUCCUCCUUCAUAGUACAGGGACUAAUUGAUUUGCUGGUUGGCGACCAUCCUGUUGCCACUGAGCUGAGAAAGUAUGUAGUCAUCAAAAUAAUUCCAAUGCUGAAUCCUGAUGGAGUAUUUCUAGGAAACCACAGGUGCUCUGUGCUCGGUGCUGAUCUGAAUCGCACCUGGCAAGAGCCCUCGCAGUGGGGACAUCCAACCAUCGACGCUGCCAAGAAGCUGCUGCUCUCGCUCGAUGCAGACAAGAGCAACGGGCUGGAGAUCGUGCUCGACCUGCACGCCCAUGCCAGUCUGUUCGGAUGCUUCGUGUACGGCACCACCUAUGAGGAUGUAUACCGGUACGAAAGACACAUUGUGUUCCCAAAGCUGCUGAGCCAGAACGCUGAGGAUUUCAGUCCCAUCAAUACCAUCUACAACCGAGAUCCACUGAAGCUGGGCACUGCUCGUAGGCUCCUCUGCUCGCAGCUCAGCGACUCGGUCAACACGUACUCGCUGCAGGUCUCCAUGCACGGCUACAUUGACCGCCACGGCGAGGGGCUGAUCUCCUACACGGAGGAGGCCUACAUGCGGCUGGGCAGGGACCUCGGCCGGGCCCUGUUCGACUACUUCAAGGCGAUGCAGGUAAUACCGUCGACCGGCCGAGGGCCUCAGGCCCCGUCCACCACGACAGAGAGGCCCCCGCGCAACCAGAGCACCGACGCCGAGCUCGAGCGGUACCGACUGACCGACUCGGCCACCUCGUCGUCGCGCACCGAGUCGCCGCGGACGCCGGCGCUCAGCGGCGCGCCGCGCGUCAGCGUGCUGAACAUGAGCCAGCUGGCGCGCGGCGGCCACCAGCUGACGUACAACCGCCUGAGGGCGCGCCGCUGCCGGAGUAGCCACCAGGACACUCCUGGGAAGAUGCCGCCGCCGUUCAGCUCAUAA